AUGGGAGGCGACGGUGCCAUGUCGGAUUAUCGACCAUGCACUCCACCCCGCCCCUCUUACUCCCCAGUCACACCCGUGCUACGGCAACUUCAGCCAGACGCCGCGAAGAAUGCGACGAUUGUACCACCACCUUUGUCACCCUCACCCACCAGCCAUUUCUUCUCAUCUGAACCUGCCUAUCGUCCACCCCCACCCCCAGCACAUCCACCUGUAUUUAAGCCCGAGCCACCAGCAGUCCCGAUCUCGGAGAGCGAGAACCCGGACGUGAUUGCGCUGCGCUCAGCGAUAUCAAUAUUGCAAAUGCAAAAGCAGCAGAGCUUGCGGGACAUAAAAGCAUUGGAUCGCAUGAAAGAUGCAGUUGCUGCGAAUCCGGAGGGCUUUGCGCGUGAUUUGGCUGAGGGUCGCUUGCGAACCGAAGAUCGCGGGGCUGUAAUCCAGUUCUCCGAUGAGAAUGAAAUGGACUUGGACGAGAACGAGAAGGGAACGGGAACACCGAAGUCAACAACUGACGAUAGCCCCUCGGCAUUUGGUCGUAUCCCGACUCCUCAAAACGUGGUACGAAUGCCCCCGAUCAACUGGGCCAAAUACCAAGUGGUCGGGGAACCUCUCGAUCGCAUGCAUGAAGAGCAAUUGCGCCGACCGAAUCUCGGCGAACCAAGGCGAGACCCUGCUCCAGAGCAUGUACUAGCCUCACCAUAUCGUCCACUGGUUGACCAGUUAGACACUCCUACACGGCUGGGCCGAUCAAGCAAGACUAAGAAGACAUGA